AUGACGACGGCGGCUGAGGCCUUCAUGGAGCGUUUCGAAGCCAUGCACAUGGACGAGGAAUCAGAGCUGUCUGCUGACGUUGUGGUCGUUGGAGGCGGCGUUGCCGGCCUGACCUGCUCGGAGCGACUUCUGCGUGCGCGACCGGAGCUGCAGGUUCUGCUCCUCGAGUGGCAGGACCGGCUUGGGGGCAGACUUUGCAGCCACAAGGUCGGCGAUGUGACAGCGGACGCCGGCGCGGCAUGGGUUCAUGGCACUGACGGCAACCCUUUGCUGCUGGACGGCCUACUUCACGAGGAGGACAUCUUGCCGAGCAGUGGCCACAACAUCUGGCUGCACGGUGCCGCUGACGGCGACAGCUGCAGCUUCGUCCGCUCUGCGGAUGAUGACCUUUGGGAGCGCCGGCUUGCUCAGCUUGGGAGCGCAGCCGCCGCAGCCGGAUGCGCCGUUCCAGGAAAGUCCCUCCAGGAAGGACUUCGAGACACCGAAGCCACACUGGGGCCACUGAGCGAAGCCGAAGCCAGGCGUCUGCGGCUUCUGCAGCUUUGGUUCGGGACGUCUGCUGAGGAGAUUGGCAUGCUGGAGUGGGACUCGGAGCAUGGAUCCAUGGGAGACUAUCCCGGACCCCAUGCUGUCUUGAAAGGCGGUGCAGAGUCCCUCGCAAAACGUUUGGCUGCGCAUGCACAGCGGCGUGGCGUCCAAGUGCGCUUCGGAGAAGAGGUGAUCCGUAUGCGAGAGGAUCCAGCAGGCGUUGUUGUACACUGCCGAAGUGGCCUUCGCUGCCGUGCCACAUGGGCAGUGCUGACAGCGUCUUUGGGUGUGCUGAAAAAGCUGGGGCCAGACUUCAUCGAUCCAGCUAUGCCAGCGACCGUCCAACGUGCUCUGUCACGCCUACAGAUGUGUCAUUACAACAAGAUCCUUCUCGAGGUUACGGAGAAGGCUGCAGCACGAUUUCCCGUAUGGGCAGACAUAGAUUCGCGCUACUUCUGGCAGCUUUUCAACUACUGGCCCCUGAAUGGCAAAGCGCUAAUGUCGAUGGCUUCGGUCAUCCCAGAAGUACAGGCGAUGUCUGACGAGGAAGCGCGAGAGGUCGCUGAGCAGCUGCUUGGACUACUUCCUGGCGAAGUCUUGGCUGUGCACAUGACGCGAUGGGGCCAGGUGGAGUGGGCACUGGGAUCCUACUCGAUGAGCACGAAAGAUGCGGAGUGGGAUGAUGUGCGGUCAUUGGUUUCUGGCAUGGAAGGCAGAAGGAUCCGGCUUGCAGGCGAACAUACCCACGAAGAGCAUCAGGGCGGCUUUCAUGCCGCAUAUCUGUCUGGCAUACGAGCCGCAGAGGAGGCCUUGCAAGGCCUUUCUGGCCCCCCAAAAUGUGAUGCGCUGCAUUUGGGCAAGGACCCCUGA